CGGGGUUUCGGCUUGUCAUGUCCGACCUGACCAACUUGAGCGAACGAGGGAAACGUCGCGCGAUUACGAUAUCGAGGCAAUCUGACGAUUCCAUGAUAGGUUCGUCGAUUCAUGCGCGAGCGAAAACGCCAACCGUACGGCGAGAACAUUGCCGCGGGCCCGCCAGGAAGAGGCCGACGCGAGGUACCGCGGGGAUGACAGCUCACGCCAUAUCCGGAUCGUUGCUGCUUCCUGGGAGGAGGAAGGCGAGCGGGACGCGCGACGAUCGGCCGGGUCGGACAUUCCUCCUGGAGCCGCGCGACAUUUAGCUAUUAACGCGACGUUUUCGCCAGUUUUGACAUGACGCUUCGUGCCCGCGAAGGGGUCUAGGAGUCGCGAGUCGCCACGGCGAAGGGUCGCGUGGCGAACGGUGAACGGUUGACAAUAGUCUCCUCCUCCGUCAGCGGUUGUCAGCGGGGCUGACCGACGUGGACGGAAACGAGACGGAAGAUAGCUGAUAGCGGUGAUAACGGCGGGAGUGCGGGACGGAGUAUCACGUGAUCGCGGUGGCUUCCCACGAGGGACACCGUCGAAGGGUGGCGCCACCGACAGCGGGUAAGGCUGGCAUCCUACAAGGAGAGGAAGGCGAGCUUUCUGGGCCCUGGAGUCGAGUCGGAUAAUCGUUACGACGCCGACGGCUCGGUUCCAGGCUGACACCGCACUUACUAACGUUCGCGAUCUGCUAGGCCACGCCGGUAGCUCGCGACGCGAUCUCAAGAAUCUCAAGACACUCAAGGGUGUCUGAGGCAGUCAACAGCAAUCAGUAGCACACAGAAGCGUCGUAUCUGAAAUCUCCACAAGCAGACCAACGAGCCUGUCUGAACGCUAGGAACUACUGCUUGGGUCCACCGAAUUGUGUCUAGUAUGCAGCAGUUGUUAUCAUUAUAGACUUUACUAGACGCCUUCUGCCAAAGGUGAUGACCAAAAUGGCGUCCCAUGAGAGCAGCAUAGGUUCGAGAAAAUCUCCCGUCACAGAUAAAGUAAAUAUGACGUCAGAGUCAAAAACGGACAAGGAAGAGUCAACCGCUUCACCGCCAGUCGACCAACACGAUGAGCCGAGCGACACAGCUGCCGAUGCAAAAGAGAAUCAAACAUUGAAGUCAACUGAUGACUGUACGAGCGUACAGACAAAAGAUUCUGAUAAUACAAAUAACGACAACAAAGAUGAUUUGAAGCCAUUGGCAAUUGAUGAGAAUAAGCAAGACGACGGUAAGAUGGACGAGAAGCAAGAGACGCAAAAUCUAGCCUCACCUGCAGAUCCGCAAAAUGUAAAAGAAGAAGAAGAGGAAGUUAAAAAAGAAGAUAGCAAAGACUCCUCGACAAAAGAAGGACCUGUUUUAAAACGAAAGCGAAAAACUUUAAGCAAGGAAUUUCCCGUGGGGGAGAGCGGCACCAGGAGGAAGAAGGUGAGAACUGACCACGACCGAUUUUGUUGGCGAUGUCACAAGGAGAAGGUUAUCACAUUUGCCGCCUAUUGCACCGCCUGUCCUCGUUCGUGGCAUCGUAAAUGUAUAGGUGGCAAUAACCCACCUCAAUAUACGGCAUUGAAAAUGGAUAAGUUUAUUUGCGGAGAAUGCGCGACCAUCUUAAAAGCGGAAAAUGCCGAAACGCGUUCGAUAGCCAUGGCGCACUUGUCCAUCGAUCAAUUGUGCAUGUUGCUCAAACAUGUGGUUGAGAGAUUACACGAUUAUCCUGGUUCCGAACCAUUUUGCAAACCAGUGGAUCCCAUAGAGGUGCCAACUUAUUUGGAUUACGUUAUCAAGCCGAUGGAUCUGAGCCUUUUGGAAUCAAAUGUGCGAGCUAAGCUUUACGGCAGCACCGAUGCGUUUAUGGCUGAUGCAAAAUGGAUUCAGCAUAAUUGCAUCGUGUUCAAUACGUGCGGUGGAGUUUACGCAGACACGUCGAAGCUGACGAACGCGGCGAAGCAGCUCAUCAAAGUAGCGCGUCAAGAAGUCUCGGAAAUUGAGGCGUGUCCCGACUGCUACGCACAUAGUCGGAACUUACCGAGGCCUCAACCGUCAUGGUUUAUCGAGCCCUGCCGCCGACCGCAUCCACUUGUGUGGGCCAAACUGAAGGGAUUCCCGUUUUGGCCGGCAAAAGCGAUGCCUCGCGUGAAUUCUCAGGGAUACGUGGACGUGCGUUUCUUCGGCGAACACGAUCGCGCCUGGGUGUCGCCGAAGGAUAUCUUCUUGUAUUCCGAGGAGCCACCCGCGCCAUCCCCCCGUAAACGGAAAACCGACAUGGACGAGUGUGUGCGAGAGAUCACCCGGCACUGCAGAAAGCUCGCGCUCAUGUUCGGCCAGUUUAAGUUUGCGCCACCCAAAGUUCAGUACGAUCCGAACGAUCCGAUGCAGAUACAGCUGAUGCUACCGAAUUACAAUCCCCUCGAACCCAACAACCUUAAUCCCGAGUUUUCCACACCUCAGAAGAAGGCGCCCCAGAAAAAACGAAGUUUCCUUAAAGGUAAAUCACAGAGUGACGAGUUGACCGAUGGCGAAAUAGAUACUGACUCGAAAGGCGACGCUCAUGAAAAGGAGAACGAAGCUACAUCGCCAAAAGUACAAAAAUUAGAUGCUGAUGUUAAGGACACGUCAAGCUCGCAAAUUAAUCUAGGUGAUGGUCCUAAUAAAUUAAAUAAGAAAACAGAUCAAGAGAGUGUAAAGUCGACUCCUCAAGAAGUUGCUCAAAACAAAACGGUAAGAGGUGAAAAAUCGAGAAAUGCGAGGACAUCGACGUCUCGAUUAAAUGUUACGGAUAAUAACGCCGAAAAUAAUGGCACAAGUCCUAAUACCAGCAACUCAGGCAAGAACAAUUCGCAGAAAGCGAAGAAUGAUGUGAAGUCGCCUACAAAAAGUUUGCCUAAGGUUGUCGAGGGUGAAUCCACAUCGUCCGACACGGCACGAAUGAAGAAAAGCCUUUUGAAAAAUAUUAUCAAUCCUAAACUGGCACUCUCCCAAAUGGAUAACUCGAAAGUGGUUACAAAGCAGACGAAGAGAGUGUUGAAACCGAAAACGAGGAUCGUUAACAAGCUAAACGCGGAGAAAGAAUUGACGACUGCUGCCGCGAGCAAGGAGAAUGAGAAACAGUCGAAUUCGACUAAACUCAUUUCGCUGUUGAAGAAUAACAAGGAAUCGUCGAGUGUACAAAAGAACACACCCGAAAUUGACAUAAAGCUAUUGCCUUCUACAGCGUCGAACGCGAGUGUCACUCAUACCAUUCCAUCGACGAAUUCGAUCGUUCCCAUGGCGGAUAAAUCCGUGUUACUCCUCGUGGUGAACGGGAAACCAGCUGAAUCCGCGAAACAGGUCGCGUCGACGAUCGACUGUCAAGGCAACAAGGAUGCUCAACAAGAAUGUCCAACAAGAUUUUCCUUGACGACAGAGGGACAGCAUAAUUCGCCUAAGAAGCAGGGCAAGGCUAGGAAGAGCUUUCCUAGAUCGCCCAAUUCACGAAACGUUCAACGUCCGUUGUCGGACGCAAGCGCAAUUAUUCAGGUCUCUCCGGCUAGGCAAGAAACGUCAUCCACUUAUGAACUAAUACCUCCGGAGGCUGGACCGAUCAGCGCGCGUUUGCACCAUGAUGCGCACGACCUCGCGAGGAGAUUGGGCCAUUUGAUGGAAGAGACGUACAAGGCGGCAGCUCAGGAGAACGUUAACGGCGAGAAUGGCACCGCUGACAAUUAUCAGGCGACCAUAUUCUUCUUGCGGAUGCAGAUCGAACAUAUGAAGUGGCAGCAUCAGCAGCAGCUAGCCGAGUUGAAGCAUAACGCAGAUCGUACUCUGCGCGAGAUGCGCGCGAGUUUGGAAGCGGAUAGAUUGCGAUCGAUCGAGGAAGUUCGCAAAGAGUUUGAAAAGGAGAAGAUCCGAUGUAUCGAGGAGACCAAGAAGAAGCAAUGGUGCGCCAAGUGCGGACAGGAAGCGAUGUUUUACUGUUGCUGGAACACCGCUUAUUGUAAUUAUCCGUGCCAGCAGUCGCAUUGGCCUACGCACAUGCGAACGUGUUCCCAACAGCCUGCGUGCACUACCAUCGUCUCGGUUGCAAGUACGAAUCCACAGCAGAGCAAUAACAUCGUAACACACGAUUCUACGAGCAAGCCGUAUCCUCUGUCACCCGGCAAAUUGAGUGGAAUUUUGCCCUCGUCAGCUUCGUCCCUCAGAAAUAAGACCAGCCAAGAUACGCUGUAGGCAAAUUGCAAUUAUUUAUAACCGAUUUCAUGUCGGCGCGAGUAGGAUGAAAAAAGUUUCGAUAGCACUGCAGGUAAAUUAAUAUAUCUGCAAACAACCCAGCAAAAAUUCAACUACUAAUUUAAUUUAUUAUUUUAAUUUAAACCACAUUGAAACAAUCUGAAAUCAUGUACGUAGUACCUAUGUAGUUAAUUUCUUUUCUUGAUCUUGACAUUUUCAACAACGCGAUGUAAAUAAUCCGUAGCGAUUAAUAUCCUUAGAAUUUUUGACGUCAGAUCAUCAAGUUACAAAAGACUCGAAAAAUAAGGGUGCAAAUUCAUCAUUAACAUUUGUAACAAUAAACUUGUAGCACUACACCUUUAAUUUAAUUAGUAUUAAAGAGUAAUAAUUUAAUAAUUAUCAUAGCAAGUAUGAAAGAUGUGUAAUAAAUUACGCUUAAGAAAACGUUAGGUUAAGUAGAUUAGAUUAUUUAGAUCGAUGACUUCUUGUAAUACGAUAAUUAUACGUGUUUAAUGUGUUUAAGCAUUGUCAUCUGUUUUGAAAUCUGUUUUGAAAGAUAACGCUACUUUUUGUAACUAUGUUGUACGUUUCACGUAAUUUUUCCGUUCCUCUACAGACGCACUUGGAAAAAACGCGAGAUAAAAGAUAAAAAUUAUUUUUUCAACAGAGCCUCACGACACAAGCCUAAACACGCUAACAUAAAGUAAUCUACAUUCUUGUAAAGAACACGAUAAGCGUUUACGUUCUCGGUUAAGUCUGAUAUAACCUGUGGCGUUUAGACAUGAAUAAUUUUCAACGUGUUUAUGAAUAAAUCAUCAAGCAGAGAGA